CUGCUGUCCCGUGCUACACAGUUAAGAUAACAAAGCAAGACCCUUUGCACAGUCAUCGACUCCCAGCCAAUGUCGAAACGAAGACAAAGUAAAAGAUUUAGCCUGACUGAGCGAAAACAGGGGCGAAGCAGCAGUGAGUCCUCUCACCGCCCAGCUAGCUGCCCUCCUCCCCCGCCCAGUCACCAGCUCGUCUCCGCUCUCCGUCAGACUCAGUAGUUUAGCAGGCUUGCACUGAAGAGACGAGGGCUGCUCCCUUUCGCCUCUGCUUCAGUCUGCACCACCAUACAUUCCGCACCCAUGGCUGCCACGGACGUUGACGUGUUUUCGAAUGAAGAGAAGCGCAACCUAAAUUUGGGCGGACAUGUUGGAUUUGACAGCCUCCCCGACCAACUGGUCAGCAAAUCGGUCACACAGGGAUUUUGUUUCAACAUUCUCUGUGUAGGGGAGACCGGUAUCGGCAAGUCCACGUUAAUGAACACGCUCUUCAACACCAUGUUUGAGAACGAGGAGGCGAGCCAUUACCAGAACGGCGUGUAUCUGCGGCCGCGAACAUACGACCUGCCAGAAAGCAACGUCAACCUCAAACUGACGAUCGUAGACACCGUCGGCUUCGGCGAUCAGAUCAACAAAGAGGACAGUUACAAGCCCAUCGUCGACUACAUCGACACCGAGUUUGAAAACUUUCUCCAGGAAGAGCUGAAGAUCAAGCGCUCGCUGUUUAACUACCACGACACCCGGAUCCACAUCUGCCUUUAUUUCAUCGCCCCGACAGGACACUCCCUCAAGUCUCUGGACCUCGUCACGAUGAAAAAACUGGACAGCAAGGUCAAUAUUAUUCCCAUCAUUGCCAAAGCGGACACAAUCUCCAAGAGUGAGCUCCAUAAAUUCAAAAUAAAGAUUAUGAGUGAGCUGGUGAGCAACGGUGUCCAGAUAUAUCAGUUCCCAACAGACGACGACGCCGUCAGUGAGAUCAACGCCUCCAUGAACGCCCAUCUGCCCUUCGCUGUGGUCGGGAGCGUGGAAGAGAUCAAAGUGGGCAACAAAACCGUGAGGGCCAGACAGUACCCCUGGGGUAUCGUGCAAGUCGAGAACGAGAGCCACUGCGACUUUGUGAAACUCCGAGAGAUGCUGAUCAGGGUGAACAUGGAGGAUCUGAGGGAGCAGACCCACGCUCGCCACUACGAGCUGUACCGGCGCUGUAAGCUGGAGGAGAUGGGCUUCAAAGACACAGACCCCGACAGCCAGCCGUUCAGUCUUCAAGAGACGUACGAGGCCAAGAGGAAAGAGUUCCUGGGGGAUCUGCAGCACAAAGAGGAAGAAAUGCGACAAAUGUUCGUCAACAAAGUAAAAGAGACGGAAGCAGAGCUAAAAGACAAGGAGCGAGAGCUGCAUGACAAGUUCGAGCAGCUGAAGCGGAUGCACCAGGAGGAGAAGAGGAAGGUGGAGGAGAAGCGGAGAGACCUGGAGGAGGAGAUGAACGCCUUCAACAGGAAGAAGGUGGCGGCCGAGACACUCGCCUUAUCUCAGCCCCUCAAGAAGGACAAGGACAAGAAAAACAGGUGGGUGAAGACGGAGAACCAGUCGGGCGUGAGCGCCUCCAGCUCCAAAGUGAUGAUGGCCAAGGCCAACGUGGAACCCUUGAACUGCCAAAGCUGGUGGCAGGCCAUACAGUGCUGCACCUGCCUGGUCCACAACGCCGCCUGGAAGCCCGCGGGCCUCUUCUGAUGCUCCGGCCCGGCGGGAAGCGCGCCGGGUUCUGCCGCCGAGUCCCAGCCGACGCCGGAGCCGAGCCUGAUGGACGGAAUGAGGCCGGGGUGGCUGGAGACGAGCAGGCCGUGGAACUAGACGGGAGACGGGAGGGGAAGAGGAACGAGACCAAAACAUUAGCGUAAUGAUGUCAUUGUUGUCUCAUUGUCCAUCCAGCCAUCGCUCACCCUUUAUCUCUACUACUUCAUAUCACAUAUACCAGUGCAUUUAACGUCAAACCUUGCAUAUCUGACAAAAACAGGUCAACGCCAUCUUUCAUUUCUUUGACUCAACCUUCAUUCUCUUCCACCCGGGUCACUGUCCCUUUGCAGGCUGGGACUCUCUACUCGUCUCCAGUGUUCAGAUCUGCACUAAGCUACGGUUAGCAAACCCUGCAGCUCUGUGCAGGAGGACACUUUGAGCAGAUAGAGAAUCUCACCAUCAGGUUCUUACUAACGAAGACCCACCCGUUUGCCUAAAGGAAUCAUGGUAAUCUUGUUGGUAUCGUACGUGCAGUGCUUUUCUGUGUUCCCGUGUGUAGGCAGGAACUGUGACUCACAACCUGAUAGGGGGCGCCAUGUUAGAAGGACGCUCUUGAGUUUUAGUCCAUUUCUUCAUACUCUCAGAAGAUAAACAGAGAAAUAUCAACUUCUAAUGUUUCUUUGUUACACAGAUGUCUUUGUGUUUCCUUCAUUCAUGUUGUGUUGAGCUGACUUGCUUUAGUUUGUCUCUUACUCUGUAGCAAAAGUAAGCCAUGGGGGUUUUAAAGAAAGGGGAAUUCACUGGAGGCAGGUUCAGCUAUGUGGUGCUAAAGUCUAACAGUAAUCCCUCGAAGUCUUAAAACUAAACUUAAACUCCCAAGUUUUCCUUCUUCACUCCAUCAUUGGAAACGGUGGGAAUUCAGGGUGAUGUAGCAAACAACAGAAAUUGUGUUUAGAUUUGACAGUCCUGAGCGAUUUGAGUGUCACAUCGCUGAUUCUGCCUUUACUGAAGCAUGUUGAGAGGCAAAGACAAAGCAUCGCUGUAAAUCCUCUUAUUUAUUCAUAUCAAAGUGUCAUGGUGGAGAGUCUGACUAAUUAAUAAUAGAUUUUAUUGACUGCUGUUUUAUAGACAAUUGAGAACAACACUUUAUUUAGCAAAGGGAAUGCAGAGUCAUUUCUUCAGGGCAGGGGGAAUGUAAUUGUGAGGUACAGAAUUGUUCAAAAGUAUUUAUUGGAAAAAUAUUUAUUUGAAUAGUAGAAAGAGUCUUUAUUUUAUUAUGGUUUUUAGCAAUAUAUUAUGUCUUUGUUUUAAAAGUCUUGGAUUUUUUUUUGUAAUACCUAAAGUGAAGUGCUAGGACAAUAAUAACUCCACACGCUGUAAACCUAUAAUUAGUCAGAUCCACGAGCCGUCAUCGUACGGGAAAGUGACUUUUUUUGUUUUGCGAAAGACACUGAAUCAGUCCAAAAUGUGCCAAAACCGCUUUUUGGUGACAGUUUAUGGUUUGUGGCUUCAAGAAAAACAUAUCGGUCCUCUCUGAAUUAAAAUUUUUACAAAUCUAACACGGCUGUUUAUUCGUCCGUUGGCCCGGGACAAAGUUAGUGGCCCACAGAAUGCACAAUGAGAGCGGAGGUGUUUUUCUUGAGCAAGCAAAUCAAUAUCGUCUAAAAAUCACACUAAAAAGAUGCAUCAGGAAUUACGGUGUCCCUAAAACCGAGGAAGUCGUCUCAAUAUAAAUCCUUUGAAUAGUGUGAAUCAAUACAGUGUGUGUGUGUGAAACGGUUUCUGUCAAGCAUAUCACGGGCUGAAUUCAUAAAGCAUCCAACGGCUGGCCUCCUCACUCACGGCUAGAUGAAGUUUGUUACGCUAACUCAGUUACCGAAGUUUUGUUUGACAUGUUAAAUUCAACGCAUUAAACAGAUUUUGCCAUAAUAGUGAUAUAUGACGAUGUUGAAUAUCACCUAGUAGUAGUGAACCGGUUCCUUGGCCGUACAGUUGGUGAUCUUUACAUCCUGACACGUUGGAUGACGUAAAGUGAAACGCCUUAUGAAUACAGCCCCGGCCCAACAGCAUGCAGGGACCUAAAUGAUGUUGUGUGUGUGUGUUUGUUGACAGUUCAGUCGGCGGUUACUGCCUCAGUCAGUGAUUUGUGAGCGUUUAAUAAUUAAACUACUGUGAACAGAUCCAAGCUGUUAAACAAUAUUGUGCCAUAAACUCAGUGACACAGCAUGGGAUCUUUAGCGACGACGUGAGAAACAGUCAACAAUUCACAGCAUGUUAUAGAUCCGCUAACGACCCAAAUCGUCUGUGUUUCUGUUCAGUCUUGUGAGGUUUGAAAAAAAAGAAAAGGAUCUUGUAUCUCCACACAGCCCCUCUGGUUGAGCAGGGUUUGGGUCUCCCCCGUAGUGGCUGCAGGAACGAGUCAGUCAGAAGUGCCUUGGCCUGAUAUGCAACACGCCUGUUAUUUUGCUAGCAGCUUGCAGUCAUAAGUAGAAUAUAUAUACGACUCUAUUCAGAUCUCGUGCUGAAAUGUGUCUCUGUUGCUUACCCCCCCCCAUAUUAUUAUGUUGAACAAUAUUUUAUUCUGAUGUAUUGGAAAACCAAAUCAAACAUCCUCUAUGUGUAUGUUUUUAUUAUUUGCAUUAGAAUGAAUUAGUGAUGAUUGAAAAAAAAGGGAAGGACACACUCCAACCAGGACUGAAUGGAGUUUAUAAUAAUAAUAAUGAUAAUGAUAAUAAUAAUAAUAAUAAUAAUAAUAAUGGGCACAAUGAGUCAAAUCGAAAAAAAAUGGACCAAUUCUUUACUGAGAGGGCAGCAGGUUGUGAGGAUUUGUAACACACAAUCUUGAAGCGAGCAUGAUGGUGUCAUGUGUGCUUUUGUAUACUGCUGUGUUUUUGGGGACCUGAAUUGACAAAAGCAUCUUUAAAGUCCAGCCAGCUCACUACGAGACGCUCUUGGCGGCUCAGGUCCAGCUAAACACAGUGACGUUUUGCCUGUCUUAUCUGCUAACUUACUAUGUGAAUGAAGUCGACUGGCGUUGCGAUGUACAAGUCCCAGUUCAGCUUGUCUAGAAUGAUCCUCUCCAUGCGAAGAAUCUCCGCUGUUGAAAAGUUGCAUCCGCUCUGCACAACCAGGUCCUGAACAGAACCUAUUACCUGUUUUAAACAGACACCAACAAAGGGAACAAAUAAACGUAUCGUUUUGAAACAGCAUUGAUGUGGGUGCUUUCUUAUUCAUUUGUUUGUUUUACAGCUUUUAUUGUUGUUAUCAGAUGUUUUUUUGUGUAUCCUUAAGGAAUAUCCUACCUCAUCUUCCUCGUUGAUUUUGGCAGCCAGGACCAAUGAGGUAAAAGCUAUGCAUUUCAGGUAUUUUGGUCGGGCCUAUGAAAAGAAAGAGACAUCAUUUGAUUCUUAAGAACCAGAAACAGCGAAGAAAGGAAAGCUGCAUGUUGUAUAUUGCUGUAAAAAGGUCAGAUUUUCGAGUGCAGUGUUCUGAGUCAAACCAAAUUGAAUUACACUAUAUAGAGUCCAAUUUGCAAGUAAAGAUAUGAUUAUUCAUGAUUCACUGCACAGCUCUUUUCGGGAGGUCAAUUUGAUGUAAAACAGAUACAAAGCGUUCCUUUCAUUGAACACAGACUUGAACCAUUGGCUUCGGGGUAAAUAUACGAAAGACGAAAUAAAGAAUUCAUUAUGUAGGUUCUGGACGAGUACAUUUUGGAUCCUGGACAAAUGUGGCUGCGGAUAAAAAGGUUGGAAGUGAUGUGUUGUACCUUGACAGUGGACAGCAGUCGGUUGAGGACACAGACGCCCAGUGCAAAGGUCUCUGGACAGAACUGGAACAGCCUGUUCAUCUCUCCGAGCCAGACGAUCAUUUCUUGGUGUUGGGAUGAAGAGAUGUCCGCACCCUGGGCGGUCACAGGAGACAACCACUGGUUAAUAAAAUAAAUACUAGAAGUCCGAUGCUUUUUACAUGCAAAUCCUUAUCUGUGUUUUGGAUUCAUAACAUUGAAAUACUACACUUGGCUCCUUUUUAAAAAAAAAAAAAACAAGCUGGGAAUCCACAGCCCACUUGUCUCACCUGGAUGCAUCCGUUCUUGAAGACGGGUACCUUCCAGAGGCGAGACUCCCGGACCAGAGCGGCCUCCAGCAGGCCGACCAACCGACGGCUCUCCAGAGCUCCUGGGUUCUUCAUCGCCACCACAGCACAGGCCAGGCUGCACCCAGGGCGCACACACCUGAGGAAGAGGAGGCAACAUAAGGAGAUCUUACACUGGAGACACAAUUUACCUUAAUCAGCU